AUGGGGAGCGGCACUGCGGAGAGGGGCCAGACUCACAGGCGGCCAGUGCUCCUUCCCUUCCUACUGUCUUUGUUCUGCCGGGCGCUCUCUGAGCAGAUCCGCUACAGGAUUCCCGAGGAAAUGCCCAUGGGCUCGGUAGUGGGAAACCUCGCCAAGGACCUAGGGUUCCAUGUCCUGGAGUUACCGACUCGAAAACUGCAUAUCAGUUCAGAGAAGUCUUACUUCACUGUGAGCUCAGAGACAGGGGAACUGCUUGUGAGCGGCAGGCUAGACAGGGAGCAGAUAUGCGGGAGGCAGCCAGUUUGUGCUCUGGAUUUUGAGGCUGUUGCUGAAAAUCUAUUGAACUUUUACCACGUGAGUGUGGAGAUCGAGGACAUUAAUGAUCACGCGCCAAAAUUUGCGUAUGUUUUCUUUGAUCUGCAAAUAAGUGAGUCUGCUCAGCCAGGCACACGAUUUAUAUUAGAAGUAGCAGAAGAUGCAGAUAUUGCAUUAAACUCUCUACAGAAUUAUAAACUCUCUCCAAGUCCUAAUUUCUCACUGAUAAAUAAAGAGAAACAAGAUGGUAGUAAAUACCCGGAAAUGAUAUUGGAGAAAACCUUAGACCGGGAACAACAGAGUUUCCAUCGUUUAAUCCUGACUGCCUUGGACGGUGGAAAUCCACCCCUAAGUGGCACCACUGAACUACGGAUUCAGGUCACUGAUGCCAAUGACAAUCCCCCUGUAUUCAACCAAGAAGUGUACAGAGUCAGCCUUCGGGAAAAUGUGCCUCCAGGCACCGCUGUACUGCAAGUGUCAGCCAUCGACCAGGAUGAGGGAAUCAACUCAGAAAUUACUUAUUCUUUCUACAGAACUGGGCAAGUCUUUAGUAUAAAUUCAAAGAGUGGGGAAAUUACGACUCAAAAGGUACUGGAUUUUGAAGACACUAAAGAAUAUUCUCUCUUAGUAGAAGGGCGGGAUGGUGGAGGACUGGUCUCACAAUGUACUGUUGAAAUUAACAUUCAAGAUGAAAAUGACAAUAGCCCAGAAGUUACAUUUCAUUCUCUGCUUGAAAUGAUUUUAGAAAAUGCAGUACCUGGAACACUAAUUGCUUUGAUCAAAAUCCAUGAUCAAGAUUCUGGGGAAAAUGGGGAGGUUAAUUGUCGAUUAGAAGGUGAAGUCCCAUUUAAAAUAAUCUCUUCAUCUAAAAAUUCUUAUAAGUUGGUAACGGACAGGAACUUGGACCGAGAGCUGACCCCGGAGUACAAUGUCACCAUCACUGCCAUUGACAGGGGCAAACCGCCCCUUUCCUCCAGCAUAUUGGUCACUUUAAACAUUGGAGACGUCAAUGAUAAUGCUCCAAUUUUCCACCAGGCCUCCUAUGUAGUCUAUGUAGCAGAAAACAACCCUCCUGGAGCCUCCAUCGCUCAAGUCAGCGCCUCCGACCCAGACUUGGGGCCCAACGGCCAAGUCUCCUACUCCAUCGCGGCCAGUGACCUGGAGCCUCGGGCAUUGUUAUCCUACGUGUCUGUGAGCGAACAGAGCGGCGUGGUGUUCGCACAGCGAGCCUUCGACCACGAGCAGCUGCGAUCCUUUGAGCUGAUUCUGCAGGCUCGUGACCAUGGUUCGCCCGCGCUCAGCGCCAACGUGAGCCUGCGCGUGUUGGUAGGCGACCGCAACGACAACGCGCCGCGGGUGCUCUACCCCGCGCUGGCGCCCGAUGGCUCAGCGCUCUUCGACACUGUGCCGCGCGCCGCGGAGCCCGGCUACCUGGUCACCAAGGUGGUGGCGGUGGACGCUGACUCUGGACACAAUGCCUGGUUGUCCUACCACGUGCUGCAGGCCAGCGACCCCGGACUCUUCAGCCUGGGGCUACGCACUGGCGAGGUGCGCACUGCUCGCGCCUUGGGCGACAGGGACGCAGCCCGCCAGCGCCUGUUGGUCGCUGUGCGUGAUGGUGGCCAGCCGCCUCUUUCGGCCACCGCCACGCUGCAUCUGGUCUUCGCGGACAGCCUGCAGGAGGCACUGCCAGACCUCAGUGACCGCCCUUUGCCCCCUGACCCGCAGGCGGAGCUACAGUUCUACCUGGUGGUGGCCUUGGCCUUGAUCUCAGUGCUCUUCCUCCUGGCAGUGAUUUUGGCUAUUGCCCUGCGCCUGAGGCACUCCUCCAGCAAUGAGUCUUGGGGCUGCUUUCAACCUGGAAUGUGCGCCAAGCCUGGACCUGUGAUUCAGCCCAACUAUAGUGAGGGAACUCUGCCUUACUCCUAUAAUCUCUGCGUUGCACAUACGGGAAAGACAGAGUUUAAUUUCCUACAAAGUAAUGAUCCACUGAGUUUAGGACAAAACAUACUCUGUAGUGAGUCACCAGGAACUUUGUUUCCACUUUGUAAUUCCAGUGAGUCAACUUGCCAUCCUGAAGCUCUAGCACCGAUCUUUACACAAAGCCCCGCCUAUCCCACAAACUGGCUCCCGAGCUGCAACGAAACUCAAUCUCUUAUUUCGGGGGCACUCCGGCAUUCUCCUGAGGAAAAAGAUCACCAGAUGGUGGAGGAGGAAGAGAAGAAUCUAAUGCGUCAGUGUACACGGUAA